AUUCAUAUUUCCUGUACUAUCAGAUGUGGCGCUUAUUAUUUCGAAAUGAGUUGUCUUCUGGUUUCAGCCUGUAUAUAAACCAGCACAGACUCGGUGUUUUAACAGACCUACCACACAGACUUGCAGGCCACACAAGGAACAGAUCAUUCAGACAAGAUGAGGAAAGAACUGAUCAUUUUGGCUGUUGUUGUUUGUGGUAAGUGUUGCGAUACUGCAGUAAAUUGCCUAGUUUUGACUUUUUCAUAGGGUUGCAAACUAUAUAUAAUUUAAAAAAAAACAAAUAUCCGAAGUCUGCAAUUUUUUUUAAGGACAAGCAAAUUAUUUUUAAAGGUUGCUUCUUAAAAAUGAACGUAUGAAUAAAAAACAAUUCAAAUAUGUAUACAACUAUAUUAUGACUGAGUACGUUUAUAAGGACAAUAUGUAAUUUUGCGUGAGCCUAUUUAUUCAAGUUAUUUUAUUGUACAGCAGAAGUUUGAUGACACAAGUUUCUUGCAAGCAAGUAGAAAUCAUAAAAAGUUGUAAUGUUCUAUUUCCAUUUUGUUUCACUUCAAAAACAUUGUAGACUGUAGACUAAAUGCUAUUUGGAUUGCAUUUGUGCUGGUUUAUUUUCGUUGCUCUGAAGAAUUAAGUUUACAAACAUAUUGUCCAUUCAAUUAUUGUACAUUUGAUACCAAGUUUUGUCAUACAAAUCCAACAAGAUUAUUUUAAACCUCUCAUUUCUUAAUCUUGGGUCCGAAUAGCCACAGGCCAAAAUAUGAUGUACAAUGCCACCCUUUGUAAAGGGCACCCUGAAUUUCUUACGGGUAUUUACGUACAAGUCCUUUUAGGUCAAAUUUUAAAGAACUAUCCGUAAAUUUACGUAGGUUUGGCAAUCCUGCUUUGUUAUCAACAUAAAUGUUUAAAAAGCUCCUACUGUUACCUCAGCUAAAUAACAACCAUUCCCCCACCCCCCACUCCACGUAUCGUAUUAAAGAAAAUAGUUAAUUUCAUUACACUUUUUAAAAUUGAAUUUAGAAAAAAAAUUAUUUUAUUAUUAAUACCACUCCGAUUAGUUUUUUUUAUUUCAAUAUUUUUUUUUAUUUUAUAAAAUUUAUUUGUUUAAAUCCUUUAAAAGCCUAAAUAACUAACUUUAAAAAAAAAAAAAAAAAAAAAAAACAUAAUUUUUACGUAGCCUUUGUUUAAAUUUAAAAAGAGCUGAAAGUUUAGAUUUAUUUUUUUAAAGUUGUUUUCAAAAAAAUAUAAGAAUGUAUUCUUUUGUUUUAUUUAGUUUAAAUAUGAUGCAUAUUCUCCCACAGCCGUCCUGGCAGACAACUACUGGUGCCCUCAAUCAGGGGAAGCCUUCGAAUGUUUCGAGUCAGAUCCAAACGCCAAAUUUUGCCUGAAUAGCGGAAAAACAUCGGUGGUCAUCUGCUCCAAGUGCAGGAAGAAGUACGAAUUCUGCAGGUAAAUAAUUUCACUUUACACUUAAGUAAGCAUUGCUAUUUUUCGGACUGAUUAAAAAAUUUCGUUUUGAACUAUUCAACUAAAUGAGAUUGAACUAUGAGAGACAAAAUGGCAUUCAAUUUUUUUUUUUUAAACUUCAUUUAGACUUUAGACCAAAGCGUGUGCUUUAAAUAGUUUCGGAAUUAACAUUCAAUUUGUUACAAUUUUUAAACGUCAAUCGUUUUUAGUAUAGUAAAUGAGACUUGUGUCCUGUAAAAAUUUAAAAUAAAAUGACUUCUAACUUUGACCAGAAAUGGCCUCAAAGUAUCCAAGAGACCCGAUUAUGAUUGUGGAGCUGGCUGGGAGAGCACCCCGUGCACUGGAGACAACAGUGCUGUCCCCGCUGUCUUCUAAAUUUGGAAGGUAUGUGAGUCUCAUUCAUUACGUCGUUAAGCUUCUAUGUUUCAACGCUGUGCUCCGUGCUCAAAUGAAUAGCCAUUGUACGAAUUAAAAUUUUUGUUUGCAUUGGCCAGCGUCAACAGUAGUCUGUCUAUGAUAUAUGCACAAAAUAAUAUUUCAAUAAUAAGAUACACCAGCAUAAAUUGAAUAAAUUCAAAACAUCCUUUACAAUUUUUAUCUUGUAUUGCAGAUGAUUUCCAGUGAUCUCCCUUGGAUCCAUUGCUAAGACUGACAUCACAUUUCAUAAAUUUAUUUUAUAACAUGUCAUGUUUCACUUAGUCACGAGUUAUUGUUUUUUUAAACAAAUAAACUUUAAAAUUU